AGGAGGAGGAGGAGGAGGAGGAGGAAGAUGUUCACACACACAAAGCAGCAUCUCCAGAACCCAGCUGUGUGUCUAUGAAGAGUGACGUAUCCAUGGAUCCUCCCCCUAAAUUCAGUGAUGGAGCAGUGACUCCUGACCCUGAAGUAAUGAGAGAUGAUGUGAUCAGAUCAGUGACCUGCUCUGACUCUGACUGUCAGGCCUUCAUCAGGCAGAGAGUCAAAGAACAACACAAAGCCAGCAUGAAGAACAAGUAUGAGAGAUUAUUUGAGGGAACAAAACGACAAGAGAAUCAAACCCUCCUGAACAGGAUCUACACACAGCUCUACAUCAUAGAAGGAGAGAGUGAAGGGGUGAAUGAAGAACAUGAGGUUUUACAGAUGGAGAAAACAGCUAGAACACAAGACACUGCAAUCUUCUGCAAUGACAUCUUUAACCCCUUACAUCAACCAGUAUGUUGGGAGAAAGACAAAAUCAAGACUGUUCUUACUAAAGGCAUCGCUGGAAUUGGAAAAACUGUCUCUGUGCAGAAGUUCAUUCUGGACUGGGCUGAGGGAAAAGCCAAUCAAGAUGUAGAUUGUAUGUUUGUGCUUCCAUUUCGAGAGCUGAACUUGAUUAAAGAUCACCAGUAUAGUCUUCACAGACUUCUGCUGGACUUUCAUCCUGAACUUCAAGAUCUAGACUCAAAAAUUUAUGAGGAGUGUAAAGUUGUGUUUAUCUUUGAUGGUCUGGAUGAAAGCAGCAUGACACUGAUGUUCACAGAUGAUGAGAAAGUUUGUGAUGUGAAUGAGUCUUCAUCAGUGGGUGUGUUGAUGUCAAACCUCAUCAGAGGAGAGCUGCUUCCCUCUGCUCUCAUCUGGAUCACCUCCAGACCAGCAGCAGCAAAUCAGAUCCCCUCCAAAUACAUCAACCGUUUGACAGAAAUUCAGGGAUUCAAUGAGCCUCAGAAGGAGGAAUAUUUCAGGAAGAGAAUCAGUGACGAGCAUCAAGCCAGCAGAAUCAUCUCACACAUUAGAAGAUCAAGAAGCCUUCACAUCAUGUGUCACAUACCCGUCUUCUGCUGGAUCUCUGCCACUGUGCUUCAAAACCUCCUGAAACAAGAUGACAGUACAGAAAUCCCUCAAACUUUGACUGAAAUGUACAUCCACUUCCUGCUGACUCAGAUCAACAUGAGGAAUCAGAAGUACGAUGAGAGAAAUCCAGAGAAGCUCCUGAAGUCCAACAGAGACGUGAUUGUGAAACUUGCCGAACUGGCGUUCAAACAGCUGAUGAAGGGCAAUGUGAUUUUCUAUGAGGAGGACCUGAUUGAGAGCGGCAUAGAUGUCACUGACGCCUCAGUGUAUUCUGGGAUUUGCACUGAGAUCUUUAAGGAGGAAUCUGUGAUUCAUCAGAGGAAAGUCUACUGCUUCAUUCAUCUGAGCUUUCAGGAGUUUCUAGCUGCUUUAUAUCUGUUUUACUGCCAUUUUUUCAAGAAUAAGAAAUCACUGCAGUCGUUUCUGAAUAAGAGAUAUCAGCGCUACAGUCGGAUAAACUCUUUGUAUGAGUUAUUAAAAGCAGCAGUUUCUGAAUCCUUACAGAGUGAAAAUGGACACCUGGAUAUUUUCCUGCGAUUCCUGCUGGGCAUCUCAUUGGAGUCCAAUCAGAGACUCUUAAAGGAUCUUCUGACACACACAGUGAACAAAUCAGAGACCAUCAUGAAAAUCACACAUUACAUUAAUAACAAAAUUAAGGAUGAUGAUUGUCUCUCAGCGGACAGAAGCAUCAAUAUGUUCCUCUGUCUGCUGGAAAUGAAGGAUCAGACGAUGUACAGAGAGAUUCAGCAGUUUCUGAAGUCAGAAAAUCACUCAGUGAAUCGACUCUCUCCAUCUCACUGCUCCACAUUAGCCUACAUUCUUCAGAUAUCAGAGGAGGUGCUGGAUGAGUUUGAUCUGAAGAAAUACAACACAUCAGAUGAAGGUAGAAGGAGACUGAUACCAGCUGUGCUGAACUUCAGAAAAGCUCUUUGUGCUGACUGUAAUCUCACUGAUCAGUGCUGUGAAAGUUUGUCUUCAUCUCUACAAUCAUCAAACUCACUGAGAGAGCUGGACCUGAGUCACAAUUACCUACAGGAUUCAGGAGUGAAGUUGCUCUGUAAUGGACUGAAGAGUGUCCAUUCACACUGUCAACUCAACAUACUGAGACUUGCUGAGUGUAAUCUCACUGAUCAGUGCUGUGAAAGUCUGUCUUCAUCUCUACAACCAUCAAAUUCCUCACUGAGAGAACUGGACCUAAGUAACAAUGACCUGCAGGAUUCAGGAGUGAAGCUGCUCUCUGAUGGACUGAAGAGUUCACAUUGUCAACUUAACAUACUGAGAUUAUCUGGCUGCAUGGUGACAGAGGAAGGUUGUUGUUUUCUGGCUUCAUCUCUGAGUUUAAACCCUUCACACCUGAGAGAGCUGGAUCUGAGCUACAAUCACCCAGGACAAUCAUUGCUCAAGCUGCUCUCUGAUCCAAACUAUAGAUUGGACAAACUCAAUGUGGAUCAUGGAGGAGAGUUCAGGAUUACAACAGGACAACAGAAAUAUGCAAGUGAUCUCACACUGGAUUUAAACACAGUAAACACUCAUCUCGCUCUGUCUGAGAGGAACAGGAAAGUGACACAUGUGGAAAAGAAGCAGUCGUAUCCUGAUCAUCCAGAGAGAUUUAAUAAGUGUUAUCAGGUUCUGUGUAGAGAGGGUCUGUCUGGACGCUGUUACUGGGAGGCUGAAUGGAGCGGGAGGGAGGUUUAUGUAUCAGUGACAUAUAAAGGAAUCAACAGGAAAGAAUUGAGUAAUGACUGUGUGUUUGGAUACAAUGAAAACUCCUGGAGUAUGAACUGUUUUUAUAAUGGUUUCACUGUCAAACACAAUGACAAAAUCACAGUAAUAUCUGUCCCUUCACGUCGCUCUAACAGAGUAGGAGUGUAUCUGAACUGGUCGGCCGGCACUCUGUCCUUUUUCAGCGUCUCUGACACACACACACUCACGCACUUACACAGUUUCAACAGCACAUUCACUGAACCCCUCUAUGCUGGAUUUGGGGUUUAUUCUGGUAGUUCAGUGUCUCUGUGUGAGAUUAAGCAGCUUUCUGUGAGAAACAACUGAGACACAGUUGAAUGAAAGAAACACUCAAAUUAUUUCUCUCUUUAACUCACACUGCUGUAAACUCUUUCUCUCUUCUAAUCAUAAUUUCGGUGUGUAUAUAGAAACACACACAUGUUGACACACACAUGUUGACUUUGGUCAAAAUGAGACACACCACAGACUUCUCUUGUGUUUCUAUAAAUACAUUUGAAUGCGGCUAAAAAGUAGUUUUGUCUUUCUGAGUCUCUAAGCGCCACCUGGAGGAAAAUUCUGUUUCAAGCUCAUCGGAAAUGUUCUUAGCAACCAAUUUUAUAGCUCUUCUGGCCUCGUUCGACCUCACAAGAAAACAAACCCUGCAAGAUCAAACCUUGCUCUGCCUUGAUAUGUCCUCUCAUCUCC